GCAGCAGCAGCAGCUUUUUUUUUAACCAAGCAGCGGAACAAACGGAAAUCAACUAAAAUAUAGACAACAACAACAGGUAAGCAAUGUCGGAGAAAAUUGACUAAUACAAAAGGAAAAUGAUUCACUUAAUGACACUUCAGUCGUGUCCCAUCGGCUGUGCCAACGAACCGGACACCCUCAGUGCCAACAACGACAGCCUACAGACGACACCGGAUAGCACGCUCCAGAAACCGUCGCACCAACGCAGCAACAACAACAACAACAACAACGAAGCGCACAACAAUCACAGCAAUAGCAACAGCAACAACAACAAUCAUAUAAGCAACAGUCACUUAACGAAUAGCGCCACCAGUGACACAUCAUCGGCGUCCUUCCAACAGCGUUUCGAUUUCAAUCGUUUAAAGGCGCGACUACCAGAAUUGAAUUGUCUCUAUAGCUUACAGCGUUAUUGGCAGCAACAACAACAGCAGCAACAACACGAACAACAAGGCGUAGAUAAUUUAACAGCGCCGCACAGAGAUGAAGCCGGCGGCGGCACUAAUAAUAGCUCAUACUAUACCACCAACAUUUUAGGCUGCAGAAUCAGUUAUCCAUUUGGUAAAGAGCAAAAGACGGACGCGAUCAAGGAGACGCCAUUACAGAAAUUCUAUCGGCAUCAGCAAGAGAAGAAAAUGCCAGCAUUUCGAGGUAGACGUGGCUGGUGUGGGUGUUUUCAGGAUGACGAGCCACCCGAGAUAUGCGUUGUUGAGGGCGCUUUCACGUUACAAACACUCACACCCACACAACCGAUGCCACCCUUGGAUGAGUUGGACGUCAAAUUCGCUGAGCUCGUUGAAGAACUCGACCUUACAGCACCCAAUAAAGAGGCUAUGCUCAAUUUGCCGCCGCAAAAGAAAUGGCAAAUAUAUUGUUCACGUAAACAGCCGAUCGAUACGACCGACGGCAGUGCUGCAUCAAUUACACAACCACCCACAGCCGAUUACUAUAUUGAGAAUCUAAAAACCUUAGAGCGUUAUGUACGCCUCAACUCGGACGAUUCUGCCUGCAUGGAGUACUAUCUGCGCAUCGAAGGACAUGGUCCAUUUCUGGAUGCGCUAAAAACAGCGUUGCGCACGUCAACUCACAGUUUUGUGCUGCGCUUUGUCGAUCUGGAUGGCUUGCCAUGCCUACUCAAUUUGCUGAAAAAGAUGGGCACAUGCGUGGCGAAUAGUGAUCUGCAUUACAAAAUAAUCGGCUGCAUCAAGGCGCUGAUGAAUAACUCGACCGGGCGCGCUCAUGUGCUGGCGCAUCCCACAUCGAUUGACACGAUCGCGCGUUCGCUAGCGGCCGAUAAUAUCAAAACGAAGAUUGCAGCUUUGGAAAUCUUGGGUGCUGUAUGCUUGGUGCCUGGUGGUCAUCGCAAAGUGUUGCAAGCCAUGCUGAACUUUCAGGAAUUUGCAGCGGAGCGCGUGCGAUUUCAGACCGUCAUCAACGACUUGGAUCGCAAGCGAGGCGACUAUAGCGACAACAUCAAUCUGCAGACUGCCAUUAUGUCCUUCAUCAAUGCAGUGCUUAACUACGGACCCGGACAGGAAAGCCUGGAGUUCCGGCUACACUUGCGUUACGAGUUUCUGAUGCUCGGCAUACAGCCGGUGAUCGAUAAGCUGCGUAAGCACGAAAACGAAACGCUCGAUAGGCAUUUGGACUUCUUUGAAAUGGUGCGCGCCGAGGACGAGAAGGAGCUAGCGCGCAAGUUCAAUCACGAACAUGUGGAUACGAAAAGCGCCACGGCUAUGUUUGAUUUGCUGCGUCGCAAAUUGAGCCACUCACCCGCGUAUCCACACUUAUUAUCAUUCUUACAGCAUAUGCUGUUGUUGCCAUACACCGGUGCCUGCACACAGCACUGGCUCAUGUUCGAUCGCGUCGUCCAGCAGAUUGUUCUACAGACCGAAGGACGUCCACAAAGCGAUGUCGACCCCGACGAUCCCAACAAAGAGAAGCUACCAUCUCCAUUGGUGCGCGACCCCGACGUCGCGCCACUACAAAUAAAUGUUAGCGAAAUCGUGCAAUUGUUGGUGAAAGAAGAAGAAUUGACACAAGCGCGCAAGCGCGCUGAUGAAUUGGAACGUGAAAACUUUGAAGUGCAAUCGCGACUCGCCAAAAAGGAACAAGAAUUGGAUCAGCGCCAGCAGGAGAAGGAAGAUUUGGAGACAAAUUUGGCGCGCAUGCGUGAACGGCUCGAAAAGGAGUCGGCGAAUCACUCGCAGGCAAUGCAACGCGCGCAAACGGCAGAAAUGAAGGCGGAAGAUUUGCAACAUCGCUUGAUGACCGAGCAGCAAGAGCGCACACGUCUCGAGCGGCUAGUCACAGAGGGUAGCAUACCAGAUGACCAAAAAGUAGCCGGCCUCACAGGCUGCAAUGGUGCCGUAUCACCACCACCACCACCGCCACCCAUGAAAAUAGUGCCACCACCGCCGCCACCAAUGGCAGCAGCACCGCCACCACCACCGCCAUGUCCCGGUGCACCACCGCCACCCGCCAUGGCGACGACUAUGGCACCUCCGCCACCCAAAACUGAGGUGCCUAAGAAAAAUGUGCCACAACCUUCAAAUCCACUGAAGAGCUUCAACUGGUCGAAGCUGCCCGAUGCCAAAGUGCAAGGUACUGUCUGGAGUGAGUUGGACGAGUCUAAAUGGUACAACAACAUGGAACUGGAGGCGCUAGAUAAGCUCUUCUCGGCCUAUCAAAAGAAUGGCGUAGUGAACGACGGUUCUGUUGAGGACCUACGCGUGAUGGGCAAGCAGCGCACAAAAAUACUCUCCGUCAUUGAUGGACGACGCGCACAAAACUGUACUAUACUUUUGAGUAAAUUAAAAAUGAGUGAUGAGGAGAUCUCCAAAGCUAUUCUAUCCAUGGACAGCAAUGAACAAUUGGCGCUUGAUAUGGUCGAGCAGCUGCUCAAGUUCACACCCUCAGCAGAAGAACGUGCUCUAUUGGACGAGCAUAGCGAAGAUAUAGAAUCUUUGGCGCGCGCUGAUCGUUUCCUUUAUGAAAUAUCGAAAAUCCCUCAUUAUGAACAGCGUUUGAAGAGUCUUCACUACAAGAAACGAUUCAUGAUCACCGUUAACGAUCUGAUACCACGCAUACGCAGCGUCAUGGAGGCCUCGCGUGAGGUAGCGCGUUCGAGACGGCUGCGCAAGUUGCUCGAGCUAGUGCUGGCGUUGGGCAACUACAUGAAUCGUGGUGCGCGCGGCAACGCGUCCGGCUUCCGACUCGCCUCGCUCAAUCGUCUUGGUGACACCAAAUCCAGCGCCGCCAAAGGCACCACGCUACUACACUAUUUAGUGCAAGUGAUCGAUAAAAAAUUCAAAGAUCUGCUCAAACUCGAGGAUGACAUCCCCCAUGUGCGAGAAGCAUCCAAAGUUUCUCUAGCCGAAAUGGACAAGGAUAUACAAAUGUUACGCACAGGCUUGGCGGAUGUGGCGCGCGAAAUCGAGUUCCAUCGAUCUGCGGGCCCAGCACAACCGGGUGAUCGCUUUCUACCCGUGAUGCGUGAAUUCCACGCGCAGGCCUCCGUGCGUUUUGCCGAAUUGGAAGAUAAAUUUCAAGAUAUGAAAACGCGCUUUGAUCGCGCUGUGCGACUCUUUGGUGAGGAUGGUUCUGUGCUACAGCCUGAUGAGUUCUUCGGCAUAUUCGACACAUUCCUGACCGCAUUCGCUGAAGCGCGCCAGGACAAUGAUAACUUCCGCAAACGACAGGAAGAGGAUGAGAAACGUGCCAAACAGGAGGCUGAGCUAAAGAAGCGCACCAUUGAGCGUAAGAACAAGGAGGGACUCAUGUCGUCGGUGGCGCGCAAUUUGGGUCUCACAUCGUCGGCGAAUACAACGGGUCGUAACUCGCCUGCGAAGGGCGACAACAAGGGUGAAUUCGAUGAUUUAAUAUCCGCGUUGCGCACCGGUGAUGUCUUCGGCGAGGAUAUGGCAAAAUUCAAGCGUUCACGAAAGACGCGCGCCAGCAAUGGUAGCACAUCGCCGCCGCGACAUGGCCUACAUCGAGAGGAGAGUCGCGAGCGCACCGUGCGAAGGCAGUGAAAGCUGAGUGAGA